AACUGAAAGUAGCAAUCGCAAUAACAGACUGAAGCUGUAAAGGAAACGGUGCCACACUAAGCGUCUAUCGUUGUCAGCAAUACUAUAAAAACAUCAAAAUAAGACUUCGAGAUGAAUCUAGUACAAGAAGAAGUAGAGUUGGAGAAAAGCGUAAGGCGACUGAGAGAGAAGUUUCAUGGAUGGAUUGACAUCGAUAAAGCUGUUUUACUCAUGAGAAGAUAUGGGAACAAUCAUCAAAUGGUGGCAAAAUGGCUCGCGCUAAUGGCCAAUAUUGACAGGGAACUAGAUGAUGAGGACAGACACACGCUGAAAAAUGACAUUGUAGUUAAGAACGUGGUUAUGAAACUUAAAGCUGAUGAACGACAAAAGGCAGAGAACUCCGCAUCUGGAUCCAGUGCUACCAGUUCAUCAGCAAAGCCCAAAGAUAAAGCAAAGAAAAAUCCAAAAGAAGAUCAAGAUGUAGUGGAAAUUGGGGAGCGUCUACAGGUUCUGCCAUUAACAGAGGAAAACAAACGUAUGUUUGACCAGGCACAGAAUAACCAGAUCCCUUCCGUCGUACAUCAGUUCGCCUGUCAGUCAUGUGACAGGGACUGGUGGCGACGUGUCCCAGAGAGGAAAAGAGUGUCUCGCUGUCGACGAUGCAAAAAGAAGUAUGACCCGGUACCGCCCGAAAGAAUGUGGGGUUUUGCAGAGUUUCACUGUCUGAACUGUGCUCGUUCCUUCAUGGGUUUCGGUCAUAUGAGCGGACUUUCACCCUGUUAUGGCUGUCGUUCAGCUAUAAAUCCAAGAAGGAUUAUGCCACCAAGAAAAAGAACGAUGGUGCCUGGACUCGGAAGAAAAAAUCCACACAGCUGUCUAGCUGAAGACUGUUAUAACAGAAUGGAGCCACAUGUACCUGGUACUGAAUGUGUCCACCCUCGUAGCAGACAGAAGAACAGAAAGCCCCGUGUGGUGUACCCCAGCCCUAUUCACAUUAGCAGCGGAUCGACUGUAAACACCUGCCUGAGUCAAGGCAGUCUGCUGGAGAGCAUUAAUGAGCUCAUCAUGGAAGACAUUGAAGAGGAGUCUGAUGAAGACUCGCACAGCAGCGGCUGAGACAGCAGAGAGUAUCAGAAACUACCACUUUUAUCUAAGUGAUAGCAUUGCUUUGAGUGAAACAAGCCCAGGCUGAAACAUACUUUACACAAGUAUGUGAAUGCAAGCGGUUGUAUCUACACUACUUGAUUUCACUCAUCAAUGCACUUCAAAAUAUCAAAAAUACAAUUCAGCAGUUUAAAUUCACUUAAAGUAUAACUUUUUUAUACUUCACCUUUCACUGCACUUGCUUCUGUGCAAGCUUACUUGUGACUUGGCAUUGUGUUACUGCAAAUAUUGUUGGCCGUUCUAUAAUAAAGUGCUUAUGUUCCUCA